AUGGCGGGGUUUGCCCUGGUGAAGAAGGUGCCGGGGACGCUGCACUUCACAGCGCGCGCCGAGGGCCACAGCUUUGACCACGCCUGGAUGAACAUGACCCACCUCGUCCACCAGUUCUACUUUGGCAGCAAGCCCAGCCCCCGCAAGCUGUGGGAGCUGAAGAAGCUGCACCCCGGGGGCCUCACCACGGACUGGCUGGACAAGAUGCACGACCAGCUCUUCUUCAGCGACAGCGCGCAGCACACGCACGAGCACUACAUCCAGGUUGUCACGACCACCAUCGAGCCCAACCACCGCGUCAAGGGCACCUGGUAUGACAGCUACGAGUACACCGUCCACUCCCACACCUACAUCAGCGACAACACCCCCUCGGCCAAGUUCACCUACGACAUGAGCCCCAUACAGGUGGUGGUCAAGGUCAAGCCGCGGCAGUGGUACCACUUCCUGACCACCACCUGCGCCAUCAUUGGCGGCGUGUUCACAGUGGCUGGCAUCAUCGACUCCCUCCUCUACAACACCCUCAAGUUCACGAGGAAAAUUGACCUCGGGAAGCAGGGGUGA